CUUUACAUCAUAUUCGGGGAAGUUGGGGAAUGAUUGCCUUCUUUUGGGAACUUUUGUGAAGCUGCAGCAGGGAGGAAAAGGAGAAGUGGAGAAAUACUGCUUCUGAGCACCCACUGUAAUGAGGGUCUAAUGGGCAACCGUGCCCCAUGUGCUUCAAAGCUAUGGAAUUAUUGCUGAUACACAAAUCCUAAGUAAAUAUUUGGCCAGCGGUAGCUUCCUGCCGGAUAUUCCUGGACACACAACUUUGCUGGCAUAUCUGUGUGACCGUGCUGGGAAGAUUGCUGGUGGCGAAGAAAGUCAUGCAGGCUACAGCUGUCUUGAUUCUUGUAUUGCUCUGCACCUUCAGCAAAGGUCACCGUUCUCCACUGAAUGGCUUCCAGAGGCUAAAGUCUACUCAGCUGAUCUCUUUGCUUCAACAGGGAGUGGAGCGGACCGCUGAAGUGGAGGAGUGUGCACGCCAAUGUGCCACCUUGGUGGACUGCAGAGCCUUUCAUUACAACUGGCAGAGGCGUGAAUGCCAGCUGCUGACUGUGACCCAAAAUUCACCGCAUACCCAGUUGCAGAGGAACGUCCAUUAUGACCUCUACCAGAAGAAAGGUUAUGUAAGGAAAUGCAUCAUAGGAGAUGGGACAAGCUACAGAGGGAUCCAGUCCGUGACUGAAAAGGGAAAAAUAUGUCAACAAUGGCAGCUAAAAUUUCCUCAUGAUCACAGGUACCGUCCAUCCCCAUAUAACGGUUUGGAAGAAAAUUAUUGCCGGAAUCCAGAUAGAGAUGAACACGGCCCCUGGUGCUACACAACUGACCCUACUACCCGGCAUCAAAGCUGUGGCAUCAAGAAAUGUGAAAAUGCUGUCUGUAUGUCAUGUAACGGUGAGGAUUAUCGGGGAUUUGUUGAUCACACCAUGUCCGGCACAGAGUGCCAACGCUGGGACCUGCAGCACCCUCACAAGCACCCAUACCUGCCAAACAAAUACCCAGAUAAAGGCCUUGCUGACAAUUAUUGCCGUAAUCCUGACAGCUCUGAGCAACCUUGGUGUUACACAGUUGAUCCUGCCAAGGAGCGUGAAUUCUGCCACAUUCAUAAAUGCACAGAGAAACGUCCACGUCUGUCUACUACAACCAGCUGUUUCAGGCUGAAAGGAGAAGACUAUCGAGGCACGGUGAAUGUCACUACAUCACGCGUCCCCUGCCAACGCUGGGACUCACAGACACCACACCGACACAAUUUCCACCCUGAGAAAUAUGAGUGCAAGGACCUGAGGGAGAAUUACUGUCGGAACCCUGAUGGCUCAGAGGCUCCCUGGUGCUUCACCAUCAUGCCCCACCUACCCAGAGCUUUCUGUUUCCAGAUCAAGCGCUGUGCUGAGGAUGUGGAGGCGGAAGACUGUUACCAUGGAAAUGGAGAAGACUACCAAGGCACUAUUAGUAAGACCCGGAAAGGAAUUACCUGCCGGAAAUGGAAGGAGCAAUCCCUUCACACACUCCAGCACAUCUCUCCCUUGCUCCCUGAUGUGCGCCUUGAACAGAACUAUUGUCGUAACCCUGACAAUGACAGUCAUGGGCCCUGGUGCUACACUAUGGAUCCUAACACUCAAUUUGAUUACUGUGCCAUAAAACCAUGUGCUGAAGACAAGAAGCUGUCCAACUUGCUGAAUCCAGAGAAUGUGGUUUUUGACGAGUGUGGCAGGAGGGAUGAACGAAGAGAUGUGCGAUCUCGGAUUGUAGGGGGCAGACCUGGAAACUCACCUUGGACGGUCAGCAUCCGCAAUCGAGAAGGAGUCCAUUUCUGUGGAGGAUCACUGGUAAAAGAGCAGUGGGUAAUCAGCACACGGCUGUGUUUCUCCUCCUGUGAUGCUGACUUAACUGGUUACCAUGUCUGGCUUGGAACACUCUUUAAGAACCCUGGUCCUAAUGACCCAAACAAACAGGCCAUCCCUAUAACUAAGAUUGUCUGUGGCCCCUCUGAGUCAGUUGUGGUGAUGCUGAAACUGGAGAGGCCUGCCGUUCUGAACCAGCGUGUGGCACUGAUCUGCCUUCCACCCGAGCGUUACAUUGUGCCUGAGAACACGGAGUGUGAGAUUGCAGGAUGGGGUAGCACUGGAGGAACUGGGAACGACAAUGUCCUCAACGUGGCCAGGCUGCCGGUCAUCAGCAAUCAGAACUGCAAUGUGGCACUUCGAGGCCGUGUGAAGGAGAAUGAGUUAUGUACAGCACCACUGAACGUUGGUGUGGGGGCCUGCGAGGGUGAUUUUGGAGGUCCUCUGGCCUGCCUGACUCAUGACUGCUGGGUGCUACAAGGUGUGAUCACCCCAUUGCGGGUAUGUGCUCGCAAAGACGUGCCUGCCACCUUCAUCCGAAUUGCUAUGUAUGUUGACUGGAUCAACAAAGUGAUGAAGCUUAGCUGAGCCAAGCUGACUGGUGUAUGUUCAUCAUAAAUUCCUGCCCCUCUCCCCUUUCUCAGAAUCAGUUUGGAGCAAUCCUUUUCCAAUCAUGUGAAAAAGUAUUGCCCAAAAGGGAUGGAAAAGGAACCAGAUGCCGUUACCACUAGGCUGUAUCAGGACAACCUAUCUUGCAUUGUCCAACCACAUAUGACAAACAAUUCAUAUGGAUUCCUGAUUUUACAGGAAAAAAAUGCUUCCAAAAGCUGACAUCAGUGACAGAUGUUUUACCCCAUUUUGUGGAGUUUGUGUGAGCAGCCCAUCUGAGUGGUUAAGAAGAUCUGCAGCAAUCAAUUGCCUAUUAUGCUGCAUCCUUUGCUAGACACCUAGCUAAAGAAAUGUUCAAUAACAACCAUUACGGCUCCAAACAUCAUUUAUCACGUUGUUAGAACAAUGAAGAUGCCCUCUAAGAAGCAUGAACCAAUAACAUACCAAAGUCAUUGAACAUAGGGCCUAAGCUAAUAUCUUGCAUCAUUAAAUCAUCCACACCCUUUUGGUAGGAGUGGCUGGUUGUUAUCCCAAGAGUAUCAGCUCUUUCAAUGGAUAUAUUCAUGGGCAGAAGUUUCAAUAUGUACGACUUUCACCAUAGCCUCUUUAUGGAGCAGCUCUUGGCUUUAUAUUUAACAUGGGCAUUGUCUGCAAUUUCUUUUUGCUGUCAUCAGUAUUUUAAAUUCAACUGAGGCUGAAUGUUUCCAAGUUUAGGAAAUAUUGCUGCCCAGGUGUACCAUUUCCAAGUCCUGGAAUAAUUUCUGAUAAAUAGGUUCUGGAUUCCUUCUCUCAUUCUGUUAUGACUUGUGACCUGGUGUUCUCCAGAUGUCAAGAGACUACAAGUCCCAUCCAGCCAGGGUUUAUGGAGACUAUUGUCCAAAGUGGUUGAAGGUAAUCAGCCUGUUUAUCCUCUGAGCCAGCAUAUGAAACAUCAUGCUACAACUUUCUUUUUGCAGUCCAGACAUUAGUUUUUUUAAAAAAAUGCUGUUAAUUACUAAUAUAUUGAUGCAUUUUAGGUCUGUUAACAAGACAUUGUGGUUCAAGUUUCUUUCACAUCUGAAAUGAUAUUUCUGUAGCCCAGAAAAACCUAAUUGACAGUCUUUCUAUCUUAACAGCAUAAUCAAUAUUUCUGUGUUCUACUCUGAAAUCCUACUUCUCCAAUAACAUAUAAAUUAUAAGCCAUCACAAAUAAUUGUACUGCAUUUCAUCCCUCUAUAUAAUCACAAUUAUAUUAUUUGUAGCAAUCGCAAUCCAAAUUUUAUAGAGUCAUUCUUACAGAGGCUUAACUUUUGCUAUAAGCAUUAUAGUAGUACUGCUGUCGUGUUCACUGUAACAUUGCUCAUGUCAUUAAAAAAAAUCCUGGCUUUGGAAAUAAGAUUCAGGGUGAUUUGUAACAGAUCACCAAGGAUUUUGGACACAUAUCUAGCAAGCCAGAAGCCAAAACAUUUUCCACUCCUUCUCUUCAAAAACCCAGUAUUUGGAGAAAACUCAGCAGCAGAGUUUUGAGUAAAAAGGUAUCUCAUGUUGUAUUGGUUACCAAUCUGUGGAUAUGCUGAGAGGAACAUUGUUUCUUUAGUUUCAGUUUCCAUCCAUGGCACUAUAUUGUAUCUUGUCUCUGAUCAUUAUUUUUUAACAAAUUGAAGUUCUGCAAAGUAGAUAAUCACAGACAAUCCUAAGCUACAAAGAUCUGUUGGUUGCCCCCCCCGCGCAAAGAUUAAUUAAAAAAUUACAUAUCUGAAAUCCAGUUCUCGUGUAUAUUUUUCUAACUGUAGUUAUGUAUUCAUCAGAAUGUUUAAUGUCAAAAGCAUCUCUACAAACCAUGCUGUUGUUCAACUAUGCCUUAACCAACUAGUUCUUAUUUCCUCACAGUACCAGAUAUUAGGAAUAGAAACAAGUCAUAGCAACUAAGUUGCCUUCUAACCAAGUUAAACAUUUGCCUCAUAUAACACAGAACAGUAUUUAGGGUUGUGGAUCAAUCUAUAUUUAAAGGGGAGAUGGGUGAUUUGGAAAGUGUGGGGGCAGUCAUGUCACACUUCUCACCAUCACCUUAAAUCAAAUGUGCCUGGGAUCUUGUGCAAGUCCAGGAAAAGACGCAGUUUCAAGAAUUUACUGACUGAUAGAACAUGAGCACGCCUGAGCAUCCAACUCAUUUUUUCCCUUCGAAAAAACCCUACUCUGUAGUGUCAUCUCAAUUUCAAACAAGAAAAUUCAAGCCCUACUUGGAGAUACCAGAUAUUGAGUGAGUACCCUUUUUUUUUUGUCUG